UCUAGUUCCAUUGCCUUAGCAAUGACGAAAAAUGUGGAUGGAAGAGCAGUGCUCGACAUAAGGCUGAAUUUCGAAUAGAGUUGCCUAAUUAAUUCGACGAGUGUGACAUUUACGUAUAAUUUAUAUUAUCAUGUGACAUGAGAAUAAAAAUGAUGAGCGCAUCGAGCGUGUUGCUGGUUAAGGAUAUUGCAAAAAUGCAUGAUUCCAAAGUAUUAUCUACGUUGCCAUCUUGAAUCAGCUGUCAAGCAGACGAUACGCAGCAUUCAGAUCAUCAUCUUAUCUCUAAAGGGACAUGGAAAUAUCUGAAGGUAAUGUACAAGUAAGAAAUCAGCCAGCAGACUUGAUCUCAGUGUACAGUAACAAGCGUAAGAACGAUGACCCCGAUACAGACCUUAAUGAAGUCGAGAUAAUUACGGCAGCGCAGCAUUUUUGUGCUAUUGAGAUCAAAGAGACCAAGAAUUAUCAUGUAACCGGCGAGAAAGCGAUUGACAAAGACCAAAAUGAAUUGAACGAAUCGCACACUUCGGACUCUACCUUAGAGAAUGUACAAAAUAGCGAGAGCAGUGCCAUUACUAAUGUCCUAACAGAGUCGAUUUACCUAGACACCUUGGACUCUGAUUCCAUAAAUAUCGAUUUCCAGAAACAAUCAAACGCGACAGAAGUAUUUAUUCGGAACGAUGAACAAACGACGAAUUAUAAUAUAUCGACAGUGACGAUACCAAACGAAUUCCUGGACGGGCUUAACAUCAACAUAAAGAAAGAGGACGACGAGGAUCAUGGCACUCUGUAUACAGCGGAAUGGUUAUGCGACGACAAUAACGAUGCCGGCAUACGAUUAAGAGUCUUAAAGGACACAAAGCAGAAUAUACAAGUCCCCGUUGACGUUGAUCUCUUGACCGGCGUGAUCGCGGUAGCGAAACGUAAGAAUCAAUUGACGAACGGCAAAGAUACCUUGGAAAGAACUAAAAUAUCUAGAAGAUCGAAAAAACACAUUAGAAUCAAAUCAAGCGUACAUCAAGAUUACAGAGAAAGAUUGAGGAAAAAGGCCGAGUGUAUGAGAGAGAAACGGAAGAAGCUGUAUGAACAAGAGAGCGAGGAGCAGCGUUUGCAAAGGUUGGCGAAGGAAGCGGCGAAAAGACGAGAGAUGAGAAUGUAUUACGAGACCCCGGAGCAACGAAGGAAAAGACUCGAUGCUGAAGCAGCGCGAAAAAGGGAGUACAGAAUGUAUAACGAAACACCGGAAGACAGGAGAAAGAGAUUGGACCGCGAGGCUGAGAGAAGAAGAAUCAAGAGAUUGUCAUUGUACGCGAGUGAGACACCGGAGCAGAGAAGGGAGAGGCUUAAUAAAGAAUCGGCAAAGAGACGAGAGGCCCGAUUGAAUCAAUACUCUAAAGAGACUGAGGAGGAGAGGAAGGAGAGAUUGCGAAGGGAUGCCCUGAGAGCCAGAGAAAUGAGAUUCACGAGAUCCGCUAUUGAGACGGAAGAGGAGCGUAGGCAAAGGUUAGUAAAAGAUGCCCUUAGAAAAAGGGAGGUAAGGAUGCAUGGGGGCCAUUCGGUGAACAAUAAUUUUACGGAACUCCGAACCGUUCGCAAUUUUCAAGAAUUGAACGAUGUGCAGAUAAGGGACAAUCCCGAAAAUCAAUUGGACGGCCAUUACCUGAGCAACUGGAUGAUGUGGUUUCAAAAUACAUUGACACAACCAGUUCACAAUGGGGAACAGAUAGUAGAGCCGCAAGCGCAGCAUAAUAGAUAGAACUUGUGUUUUUUUUCGCUAUGGAUGUACUUUCUGGACUUUCAUACAUUGAAACGGUAUUGAUAACAGCGACCAAUUUGAAUGUGCUUUACUUACGCUUCCUAUACAAUUUCCAGAUGUGAAACGACAAAAUUGCCACGGCAGAAUUACCACUAAUGUCAAUGUGUAGUAUUUACGACACAAGACUUAUAUUAGCAAUAGCAAAUUACAUUUGCGUUUUAGAAAAGCUAUUUUAUAAUGUUUAUACAAAUAUCAAGCGCGAAUAGAGUUAUGCUGUUUUCGAUACGAAAAAAACUAUAAUUUAUUUUAUAUUAUGUUAAGUAUCAUGUUACAUUAAAGAAACAGAUAUAAAUCAGAGAAAAAAAUCUUUUCUCAGUGUUUGCAUGAUGUUUAAUUAUGUGAUAAUUAUUUGAAUAAUCUAAAAUUAUUCUGGUCGUAAGAGAAAUGCAUCUCGAAGUAUAACAAUGUUACUCUUUGAUAUUGUAGUAACUGUGUAAAUGAACUUUGUGUGCUGACACGUUGGUAUGAAAGAAUAGAAGUUGUAUAUUAGGAAAAACAAGAGAAGCAAUUCUUGCCAGUGCCUUUUAUUCAAUGUUCAACAAAAUGAACGCUCAGACUGAAUUCAUUGAUAUAUGGCACUUGAACAUGAGUGAAUGAUUCUGGUGAAAGUUUGACUGUCUCUUGUGCUAUUUGUACAGUUAGAUUACUAUGUACUUCUUUCUACAGUUCCUUUGUAUAAUGAAUAAUAAAUUAUGUUAUACCAUAUGGA